AUGGAAAAAAAAAGCCGCAGACUGCACGGGCUCGAACUGCCCGCGUCAAUCGAAUUUGACAACUACCAAGGAGGGGUCAAAAUGACGAAAAGGCUGAGUAUAAAGAACACUACGAAAAAGUUAAUACGCUUUAGGUUCCUCUUCCAAAGUAGCGCAUAUUUUACUUACCCCCUUCAGGAGGUAGAAAGUGUGAGUGCGGGGUUAAACAAAAGUUACCCCAUAACAUUCUUCAACCCUGUAAACGAUUUCCAAACUGUGAGUGAAAUCUUAAGUAUUGUAAUCGAAGAUAAGGAGAGGGACAAGAGAAUAGAGGUUCAUCUGAAAGCCACUCCCCUCAAAUGCGACGUCAUUUUUCCCUCAGUCCUGCACUUUAAAGAUAUGGUAAUUAAGCAAAAGGGGAAAGAAGAACUAGUGAUAAAAAACCAAGGUGCAUUAAAUGCAGUAAUAAAAUUGACACACAAAUAUACAUCCAAGGAAAAAAAAGGAAAAAUUAAAUUGGAACCUUCUCAGUUUGUUUUAAAGGCUAACCAAAAACAAAAUGUGCAAAUUAUACUCUAUUCAGAUUUGCCUCAAAAAUUUCAAGAGUGGUUAUCUUGCUCUAUCAUUGAAGUGCCAAAGGAUUUGGAACAAAAAAUAUUUCCAAAAAGUCCUAAGGUAACAAAUGCAACUUUGAACAAUCUAUGUGAAGACAGUGAAGAAAAACGGGUGAAUGAAAUAAUUCAAAUGAUAAACCAGGAAGAUGUGCAAGUGCGUUUAAUAAAAAAAAGCAUCCAGUUAAACUGGGUUGCCGUCUUACCACAAAUUAUUAUCCUUUCCGAUCAAGACAAGCAGAUCUUCCAUCAAAGCGUGGUCAACUUUGGCCAACUGCCCCUAGGACAACGACUCACCAGGUCUAUCUAUUUGCAUAACGUUACCAGUGCCCCUAUAAUCGUCAAGGUGAAGAGGAAGGAGGAGAAAAAUGCCAAGAAGAGUAACGUUUUUCACCUUUUAAAGGAACAAUUCACAAUAAAGGAAGGCGACAAAGAAGAAAUCAUUUUGCACAUCAAUGGACAAAACCAAGUUAACCAAUACACAGAAAUGAUACAAUUCAAAGCAUGCGCAGAUUACUGCAUCGAGCUAUUUUUCAUUUGUGAAAUUAAAAAUGUGAAGCUACACUUUACCAAGGUGGUCUACGUUUUGGAAAAUCUCAAAUUGGGAGACAGCGUGACGGAAAAACUUACCAUCAGAAAUGAUGACGACACGGAUGUUCAUGUCGAAAUUGUAAACCUUGGAUACAUAUUUAGUGCUAAGAGUACCAAUUUUGUUAUAAAAAAAAAUUCAUAUCACUUUGUGAAUCUCACAUACCAUUGUAUAUACCCGGUCAAUGUGUACAAGAGAUUAUAUUUCUUGGUUCAUUUGAAUAAGGAAAUUUUUUACGUUGAUAUCAUUUGCAAUUAUUCUGUUAGCUACAAAAUGUGUCCUCUUUCGAUGCACCACGUAUUUAGAAGUAAGCACUUUAUCCAUGAUAAGCAGACCUUAUACACCUCUUACUAUGACAAGAAGGACUACAUUGACAUCUUGGACUUUCCCCUCGAGUUUGACUCCUACGAGGAUUCCACCUACGAGAUGAUAAAUGAGAUAGUGCAGGCGGACGACGGUGACCUCUUCGUAGUCCCCCAGCAGUUGGAAAUCCUAGAGUCGGAAGAAAAAAACAUUAUGAUUAUAAACAAAACGCCUGUGGAGUACACCUGCGUGUGGUCCAACGCAGUGGACCAGGGGAAAGAACAAAGUAGCAUCUUUCAGAUCCACCCUGUGGAAGCUCAGCUGCCACCCUUUGGGUGCCAGACGUUUAGAGUAAAAAAUGCAAAGGCGCUGAAGGAGAAAUAUACGAAGGAAGUAUACGAAUGCAUUGUUUUUCCCUCCAACAACAGGGACUACAGGAAGUGUAACAGCAAGACGUUGUUGCCCCCUCGGUUCCUAUAUGUCACUUUGUUUCAGUUCAAAAUAAAAUACCUAUGUGAGACGGAGAAUGUUCUGGACAGCCUGUGUGUCUACCCUAAACACAUUUCCUUUUUGAAUAUUAUCGAAGAGGAAAACACGUACGCCGUUAUAAGGUUUGGGAAUAGUUCGGACGUCGCACAGCUGGUUGACUUCACUCCAUUCAAGGGCGACGUCGAAUCGAUCAGAGUCUGCCCGCUAGUGAACUACGUACCCAGAAGGGGAUCCUUAAACGUCCUUAUUUUUUACUCCCCCAAGAAAGCGCAGCUAACCGAGGGAGAAAUUAAACUGUACUAUUUAGUAAAUGGCAUUGAAAAAAAGCAUAUCUCCGUUUUCGUCUCGCAUGAGAUAAACAGCGUCUUGUUCAACGGGGGGGACCUCAACAUAAACCUACCGUGCGUAAGCACCGGCACGGAGAGCUCCAAAAAAGUGGCUAUCGAAAAUAUGACGGAGAGAAACGUACUCUGCAUGCUAGUUAAGGAAGAUGCAACCUCAAUUCUGGGAAUUCAUAUAAAGGGAAAUAAUUCCCCCUUGGGAACGCAAAGUGGAGAAGAAUACACACCCCACAGAAACGACCAAGUGGAAGAAUUAAAUACAUGGCAAUUGCAAAACGGGGAGGAAGAACAAAAUGAACAAACUAGUUCACUUACAAAUGAAGAUAAAAAAUACACCUUUUACUUCUUCUGUUUAUUGCCCUUUGAAAAAAGGAACCUCCACAUCUGUGCCUGUUCCGACUCUACGUUAACGACAUCGGUGCCGCUGCUCCUCUCCUAUAUGCUGUACACAAAUCAGGAAGACAUGAAGAGCAAAUUUACCUUUAUAAAAAAGAACAUGAAGGACCAUAUCAAACGGUGUAGGCGGUUCCUUGUGCACGUGAACAUAAUCAAGUGCGCCCUAACACUACACCCCAAAGUGGUUGAGAGUGAGCCGAUAAUAGUAGGCUCGAAAUUUAACACAAAGAUAAAAAUUCACAACGAAAAUCCCGUUAAAGUAAAAUUUAAAACAAAGACUGAAAUUGUCCAAAUAGGAAACAGGAAAAUAUUUGAUGAAGACGAAAUUAAAGAGGCAGACAGAAAUGUUGUAGUAGAAAAAAGCGAAGACGUGAUUAAUUCCUUUUCAGGCAAAUAUGCCUACGUCUCUUUUAAGACCAAUCAGCAAGGACGUUUCGUCUACCGCUUUUUCAACUUCUUUACAACACAGCCCCAUCUCUCCCCCUCCUGCAGGAACUACGUCGACAUUGUCCUCAAAGUGGUGAUGCCCUAUUUCCAAAUUAUCGACAUAACUGAUUUUAAAACUCCACAAUCCAUAUACUGGAAUAUGAUUUCCGCAGAUCGGAUAAAUUCGUAUGAAGACAUGUCAACGUUAGACACAGAAUACAAGAAAAGUCAAGGGAUGGAGAACAUGAAAAAGCUUUUCAACCAAUUUGACUACAUACCAUUUAAUAUUGGAAACAGCAUGCUCAACGAGGUGACAAGAGUAAACUUGGUUUUAUUUAACCCACUCAAUGUUCCACUGAAGGUUCAUAUAAAUAGCAUAAAGUCGUAUAUUCUUCCUGUCUUACCUCCCUACGUAAAAAAUGAAGAGGACCAGCUGGCCCGUCUGCUCUACGUAGACAACACCUACCGCAACUUCAUGAGAUGCCUCGACUGCUGCGAAAUCACCCCCACCAAUUUUGAAAUAAAAGAGAAGAGCACAAAAACGGUCACUCUAUUUUAUAAACAUAAAUACAUUGGGCUCCACAAUAUGCCCCUGAUAAUUGACGUGGAAAAUGGAAAAGUGCUUCCCCUCAAUUUGAGUUCCCUAACAUUUCCCCCACAAGUGCCCCCAAUAUAUUUGAUGAACGUCAAGGAUCUGAAUGAACACGUCUUGGGGCUGAAAAAUGAGUGCAUCAUAAACAUUGACCUCCUGAAUGAUAGCGAGUUGGAUAUCCAUUACGCCGUAGAUCGGUGCAAUCAUUUGGUGGUUUUAAAUCCCAAGGGGGUUAUCAAAAGGCGCAAAUACAUUUCCCUCUUCAUUUUGGUUUCGAGACUUUCCCCGACUAUAAUUAAUGAAACGUUGACACUGAGGCCGCACUUCAGGCACCUGAACAGGGACAUAGAGCUAGAAAAUGUCAUGAUAGAACUAACGCUAAACAGCACAUCUGAUAACGUGUACAAAGAUGCCCACAAAACGAUCAACGUUUUUAAUAACAAAUGCAUUGGUGACCUUCCUGGACAAGGUAUCAAGACCUUCUGCUCUAACUUCGUCCCCGCCUAUUCGUACAUACACGCUCAGAACAAACUGUUUUAUGUCUCGCCAAGCUCGAUAAAUAUUCUCUAUGCUCCGACGAACUCCAUCGUCGAACGGAUUGUCAUAAUAAAAAAUUACUCAUCAUCUAGGAACCUAAAAUUUAAAAUACCUAAGAAAAACACCUUACCAGGAAAUGUUUUAAAAAUAACCCCCAACAAAGGAGUUGUUAAAAAGGAGGGACAUAUCAUCCUCAGGCUUACCUUCAUUCUGAGUGACAUAUUGUUAGACAUCGAGGGGAACAUUCAGAUAGAGUUCAAGUAUGUGCAAGAUCAAGUGCCCUCGCAAGGGAAGAAUGAAGAGGACAGGUGCAGCAUUGGUGCUGUCUCAGAAACGAAAAUUGAAGAGGUCUACGAAGAUACGAGAGACAAGCACGGGGGAACAGAAGAGCCUAACCCUUUACACAUUUCCAAACCCAAGAAGGAAACAAAAUUCGAUGAUCUAACCUUUUCCCAUGCCCAAAAAAUAUUUGAGAAUAUCCAGCAUUUCAAAUAUGCCUACGACAAUGUCAACAGCAGCAUGCUACAAAAGGCUGUGCGGCGCCUUUACGGAGUUAAAAAUGGGGAACCUUCCAAAGGAGAAAGUCCAAAAGAGUCUAUCAAACAAGGGAUAAAAGACUUUCCCAAGUUUUAUUUUUACAUUCAUGUGAAAUUAUUUACUUGCAACUCUGACGAUGUGGAAACAGCAAAGAAUAAUUUUGAGAAUUUGGUCAGAACUAAUAUUUACCCCCAACACUUGUACUUUAAAAGAUACAUUAGUCUGCCCAUUCCUCUGGAGGACAAAUCGAAAAGCUUCUUUAAAAGACACUACUUCGAUUUCGACAAACUAGAAAGGCCAGUGGGGAAGCACAGCAAUCGGGAUGGGAAGGAGAACAGGACCCUUUGUCAGGAGGAAAUUGCUUAUUAUAAGAGGGAAAUCUACGCUUGCAUGUUCACCGAAAUGUUCAAAAGCAUAAUCGAGAAAGACAUUAGGAAUCACAUUGCCAUCCUUUCCGACAUCAACGCAUGCUCCAUUCGGACGAUUGACAGCAUUCUGCGCGAGGACAUAAUUGACGUCAUGCCAAGAGCGAAGAGAACCGACUCCAACACUCAAAUGAAGAGCGACUACUCAUUUUUGAAGCCAGCAAUUUUAUCUCACUUCUUUUCACAUAUGUUUUCGGAUAUCAUUGGAAGCCUUAUGGGUGAUGCGAAUUUGUUUGCGAAAAAUGUGGACUAA